CGGGGCACUUCCUGUCAGCCAGUCAGCAGCAACGGAAGUGGAAGAAUUUCUCGAGCAGAAUAUCGCACGCAUGUGGUGUGGUGCAGUGAUUGUUGUGGUGACCCAUCCCACCAUGAGAUCCCUAUGCUGAAUUUUCUCUAAUAUGAAGGAUAUGUAAGCCUUUUGAUCUUGCCAUUCCUUAAAGAUGGUUUGUGCUGCCAGUAUCAAGACAUUCAGACUAUAAUCCCAUUUGUUGCUCAUUUAUAAGGAUCAACUCACAAAACCCAUCAACAUGCAUACUUUCCUGCCAGAGAACUUUACUCCCAUCAAGCAGAAGGCAUCGAGGCAGCAGCGAUCGUUGAUUUGUGCGAUUAUUGUGGGCAUCGUCCUUGUAAUUUGCGCAGUGGUCGCUUGGUGCUAUUACUCCGUCUCUCUUAGGAAGGCAGAUCGCUUGAAAACAGAGCAAUUAUACCUGAAGAAAGAUGGAUUUACAAUCCGUAACCUUCAGGGAAAACAAGUUUUCCGAAUGGCUUUUGAAUCGGGUGCCCUGGAUUUAGAUUCUUGUUCCAAGUAUGGUGAGAUUUUGUCAUGUACCAAAUCAGACAAAGGGAAGCUGAAUUUCUUCAUUCAGACUGUUAAUCCCAAAGACACAGUCAUGUGCUACAGAGUCCGAUGGGAAGAGUUUGUAGCGGACACAGUGGUGCAGCACACCAUGUAUUGGGAUGAUGCCUAUUGGUAUGGAGGAGCAGAAAUGAGUACCCAGCACUGGCCUAUUAAGCUCUCUGGAUACCAAGAACCCAAACCUUUUGUCACCAGUGAUGUAUAUUCAUCCAGAGACAGCUUUGGUGGGAUUCUAGAAAGAUAUUGGCUGUCCUCUAAUGCAACAGCAAUUAAAAUCAAUGAUUCUGUGCCUUUUCACUUAGGGUGGAAUAGCACAGAGAAGUCCCUUUUCUUUGAAGCCAGAUACAAUGAUUCAUCAUAUAAGCCUCCACUUGGACAACAGCCGUUUCCAGAGUUGAGUUACAGGGUAUGUGUGGGUUCAGAUGUGACGUCAAUCCAUAAAUAUAUGGUCAGGCGCUACUUCUACAAGCCCACCAAGGUACCAGAAAAAAAUACCUUCAGAUAUCCAAUUUGGUCAACUUGGGCUCUUUAUAAAACCGAUAUUGACCAGGACAAGUUAAUGCGGUUUGCAGAGAAGAUAAAGAAACACCACUUUAACUACAGUCAUAUUGAGAUAGAUGACAUGUACUCCAAGUACUAUGGUGAUUUUGAUCUUGAUCCAGUAAAAUUCCCUAAUGCUACAGAAAUGUUCAAAAAGUUAAAGGAAGAAGGCUUUGAGUUAACUCUCUGGAUCCAUCCAUUUGUCAAUUAUAACUCCUCUAAUUUUGGAGUGGGCAUAGAGAGGGGGCUGUUUGUUAAAGAACCCAGUGGACGACUUCCAGCCAUGGUCCAGUGGUGGAAUGGAAUAGGAGCCAUACUUGAUUUUACAAACCCCCAAGCUAGAGAGUGGUUCCUUAACAAUCUAAAAAUGCUCAAAGCAAAGUAUGGAAUUUCAUCUUUUAAAUUUGAUGCCGGAGAAACAAAUUAUCUUCCCAAACAGUUCAGCACCUUUCAACCAUUGUCAGAUCCAAGCAUUUUCAGUAGGAAGUACACUGAAAUGGCUAUUCCCUUUUUUGACCGUGCCGAGGUGAGAGUUGGCUAUCAGUCCCAGAAUAUCUCCUGCUUCUUCAGGAUUAUCGACCGUGACUCUGUAUGGGGAUAUGAGCUUGGGUUGAAAUCACUGAUCCCUACUGUUCUUACCAUAAGUAUGCUUGGGUAUCCCUUUAUCUUGCCAGAUAUGAUUGGAGGGAAUGCCUACAGCAAUCAUUCCAGCAACCUUCAGAUUCCUGAUCGGGAACUCUACAUCCGGUGGCUGGAACUAUCUGCUUUUAUGCCCUCUAUGCAGUUUUCCGUACCACCCUGGCUUUAUGAUAAUGAUGUGAUUGAAAUUGCUCACAAGUUUACCCAAAUCCACGAGUCUUUGGUUGCCCCUCUGUUAUUGGAGCUUGCAGGGGAAGUUACCACGACCGGAGAUCCUAUCAUUCGGCCAAUCUGGUGGAUCUCUCCUAAUGACGAAGCUGCCCAUAAAAUUGAUUCCCAGUUCUUGAUUGGAGAUACGUUCAUGGUCGCCCCAGUCCUGGAGCCUGGCAAGCAGGAAAGGGAUGUUUACCUUCCUGCAGGCCGAUGGCGUAGUUACAAAGGAGAAGUCUUUGAUAAAACUCCACAACUUCUUACAGAUUACCCUGUGGACUUGGACGAGGUUGCCUAUUUCACUUGGUUAGCUUAGCCGAUGAAUGAAUUCUACUGUAAUAGAAAAAUGUGAGGUAUCACUACUUUUUAAUGGUCUUUUUUUUGUAGAAAAAGACUUAUGCUGGCCUUCAGUAUCCGAGGGAAUUAAUAAUCUAUGUAGCUUUCACAAAUUUCUUAAAAUUCUCAAUGUCCAAGGAAGAAAUUUUCAAAAGGGAAUUGCUAAAUUUGGUGGCAAAUUAGAAAAAAAAACCUCCAACCCAAUUUGUUUUUG